AUGAGUCUCCUCAAGAGUGUCGCAGCCCUAUGUAGGCUGCUCCCAGCAGCUGUAGUGGCAGACUACGCCUACACGACCGUGCCACAGACGUUUCUAUUCAGCAUCCGGUCCGCUCGUCCUGCAGUAGCGGAGGCAUCACCGGCGCGAAAUCGUACAUGUAUUGUGGAAAGCCAUGGCGAUGGCGAGACUGACGACUCCGAGUUCAUCAAGGACGCCAUCAAUGGCUGCAACCCUGAUGGCCACAUUAUAUUUCCCAAAACGCAGUCAUAUUUCAUCGGCAAUCCCUUGGAUUUGACCCACCUGGAGCGUGUGGACCUCGAUAUUCAAGCAUUUGUUACAUUCAGCGAUAACAUGACCUACUGGAGAGACGGGCAUACUUUCGAUAUGGACUAUCAAAACAGCACCACUUUUUUCAAAAUCGGUGGGACAGACGUCAACGUCUACGGAGGAGGAGUGAUAGACGGAAAUGGCCAGAAGUGGUGGGAUUGGUAUCCUGAGCACAAAAAGGAUCGGCGCCCUGUGCUUCUGAUGACGGAUGACCUGCACACUGGCACAAUCUCGGACAUAAGUUUGAACAACUCGCCCAUGUGGACGAACUUUGUCGCCAACUCAACGGAUGUCACCUUCACAAACAUUUCCAUCUGGGCUGUGAGCAACAACGAGUAUUUCGAGAAGAACACUGAUGGGUGGGAUAUUUAUCGAUCCGAUCGAAUCACGAUUCAAAACUCAAGCGUGACCAAUGGAGAUGACUGCGUAUCAUUCAAACCGAACUCGACCAACAUCCUAGUGCAAAACAUGCGCUGCAACGGGACGCACGGUAUUUCCAUCGGAAGUCUAGGCCAGUACCCGGAAAGGGUCGACUACGUCCAGAACAUUACUGUUCUCAACGCGGCCAUGUACAACUCUUCUGAAGGCGCACGUAUCAAGGUGUGGCCAGAUUCAUACUCAGAGAAGAGCGGAAAUCUGGUCGGCGGUGGAGGCAGAGGCCUGGUACAGAACGUGACCUACGACACCAUGUGGCUCGAUAACGUGGACUACGGUCUCACCAUCACUCAAUGCUACGGACAGGACGACGAAGAGGAAUGCUUCAAAAACCCAUCGAAGCUCAAGAUCACGGACGUCACUUUCCGUAAUGUUCGAGGUCGAUCGAACCGUGUCUUCUCUCCUCUCGUGGGACACCUAGUCUGUUCCAGUCCGGAUACUUGCUCCAACAUUGUGGCCGAAAACAUUGAUAUCAGAACCAUCAAUGGUAGUAAUUUAGUCACCUGUAGAAACUUGGACAGGACACUUCUGGAUCUGAACUGCAGUGACUGGAGCAAGGGUUAUAACCCGGCUUGA